ACCGUACAGGCUUGAACUACGUUAUACCAUAUAUACAUGUACUACGAAUUAUUUGCGAUUGCCCGUAUAACGGAUCCUAUCAAUAAAAGCAGAGAUGCUAAGCGUAUUGCUACCACCGUGGGACGUUUGAUCCUUGCCAAUAGAGGGGUAGUCCGUGAUAUAAUCAGUAUUGGAGACAGGCCAUUACCCAAGAUUAUCUCCAAGGAUCACGAAAGACAUUUCCAAGGUUAUCAAUUCACUAUGGGGUUUGACUGUUCAUCUAAUGUUCAAGAACAACUUUUACGUACAUUAAGACAAGAUCCUAGAAUCUUGAGAGCUAAUAUCAUGAAACAUGAUUUAAAGAGUAAACUUAAUCCAGGUAAUUCCAUGCAACAAGCAUUGGAUUCAGUUGCUAAAUCAUAGGUUUGUUUAUCAGGGUAUGACAUGAGUUAGAUGGAGGCUUGUAUAUAGAAAUAGACUAAUAAAUGAUUAAGUUAGG